AUGGCUCCAACUAUCGUCCUUAUUACUGGCGCCAACCGUGGCAUCGGAAAAGGUAUCCUAGAACUAUAUCUGCAGAAGCCAAACCACACGGUGAUCGCUGCCAACCGUGACCCUAGCCACCCAACUUCUGCGGCCUUAGCUGAUCUCCCCAAGGCUAAAGGCACUACGUUAGAGGUCAUCAAGCUCGAUGUCCUCUCUCCCACUGACCCCGCUGCGGCUGUGAAGACGUUAGAUGCUAAGGGAAUCACCCACAUCGACAUCCUGAUCGCCAACGCCGGUAUCGCUCUUUCUUGGCCAAAGGUGUCAGAGGUUAAGGUGGAGGAUAUCCAGAAGCACGUUGAAGUCAAUGUAUAUGGCUUCAUCCGUCUCUAUCAGGCUUUCCGACCCGUCCUCAAGGAGGCACAGGCCCCCAAGUUGGUAACAAUCGGAUCUAGCUCCGCGUUCCUGACGAUGGCACCUAGCCCGGACCUGAAUGAGUGUGUACUGACUAUUCGUAGGAACUUUAUCCCCCUACAAAAUGCUGCAUACGCUCCCACCAAAGGUGCUCAGCACUGGUAUACUAAGGCAAUCUCCGCUGAAGAUCCUUGGUUGACUGCGUUCCCUCUGGACCCAGGCUGGGUUCAGACUGAGCUCGGUAACCGGGGUGCUGACGCUUUCGGGAUCGAGAAAGCCGCCAUUACCGUGGAGGAGAGUGUUACCGGCGUGGUCAAGGUUAUUGACGCGUCUACACUAGAAUCUCACAGUGGAAAGCUCUUCAAGUAUGACGGUAAUCAGGAGCCUUGGUAG